UGAGUGUGUGUGUAUGUGAGAAACAGAGAGAGAGGGAGGAGAGGCAGUGUGCAUGCUCACUGAGGAUGUGUGCUGGUUGUAAAUCGGGUUUAUACGAUGGCUGUGUGUCUUUGUGUUCUGCAGGCCUGUUCUGUGUGCCUAAGGGUGGAACAUUAAUCAUUGUGUCUUCAGUUUAGAGGACACAGUAAACUGGCCUUGUUUUGCAUCUUCAAGCAUCCGAAUGGGGACGAGCAGAAAGUCAGAACUGAGCUGAACCAGCUCAGAGAAGCAUCACAGUCUCCAUCAGCGUCCACAAUCGCUGCCUUUGUUGCCGGGAUGAGAGGGGACAUUCUUCCAGAGGGAUGAUUUUUCUCGUCUCCGCAGGCCCUGGCACUGCGCACGUCUGCCCCCGCACUGGCCUCAGUGCCAGGCUGGAGUCGCUCUCAAGCUGACAGACGCAUACGAGCACUGCAAGGCGACAGGACGUGCACAUGGUUCAUCCUUAAUACAAUGGAAGAGCUCAAGUGCGUACUCCAGCAUUGCCUCCUAAACACGUAGCAAGACUUGGACAUGCCGAGGAGACGAGACAUCCUUGCGUUCGUGCUGAUUGUGCUACCAUGGACUUUACUCAUCAACAUGUGGCAUCAGAGUCCUGUAACACCACAUCAUGUCACUCUCAAGAAUGUCACAAAAGUACAAAAAAUUCACCUCCGAGAAAACUGCAUCACAAACAACGGCGUCCUCCGUGACCAUGCGUUCAGGCGUGCUGCACCAUGGUCUGAAAUGCUGCCCACCAUCCAUGUCAUCACGCCAACCUACACCCGAGCCGUGCAGAAAGCUGAGCUCACGCGCCUCACCAACACGUUCCUGCACGUCCCCAACCUGCACUGGAUUGUAGUGGAAGAUUCUCCACGAAGAACACCACUCGUCUCCAGACUGCUGAGGAGUUCCGGGCUCAAUCACACACACCUGAACGUGGAGACGCCACGUGUUCACCGGAUGCGCAAGGAGGCAAGGGGCAGCCGUGUACCACGUGGGACGGCACAGAGGAACCUAGGGUUGCGUUGGCUCCGAGAAAAUCUUGGCCGUACAUCCAGGCAUCAGGGGGUUGUGUAUUUUGCUGACGACGACAACACGUACAGCCUGGAGCUGUUUGAGGAGAUGCGUUCCACCAAGAAGGUCUCUGUGUGGCCCGUUGCCUUUGUAGGCGGCCUACGUUACGAGUCGCCUAAAAUCAACACCCUGGGGAAAGUUUACGGCUGGAGUACCGUGUUUGACCCUCGGCGGCCGUUUGCAAUCGACAUGGCCGGGUUCGCCGUUAACCUCCGCCUCAUCCUCAGUAAACCUCAGGCCUACUUUAAGCUGAACGGAGUUAAAGGAGGAUACCAGGAGAGCAGCUUGCUGGGGGAUCUGGUCACUCUCAACGAGCUGGAACCCAAAGCUGAGAACUGCACGAAGGUGUCAAGAAUAGUCUCUGUGCUGGUGUGGCACACUCGGACCGAAAGACCUGUGCUAGUGAACGAAGGGAAAAAGGGCUUCACCGAUUUCAACGUGGAGAUAUGAAUAAUAAAAGACAAGGUAUUUAAAUAUCGACCCUUUAGCAGUUUCCUCGCAGCACAUAACAUGGGACGUUGCAAUAACAAUCAUUUAAAGAUCCUGCACUGACUGGAAGCCACGGAACGACUGCUUACAAGUGAGGGCACUACUGAACUUACACUAAGCUGCAAAAACAUUUUUCCAGACACUGUCGCUGGUAUCUGGACAGAUCUCUGUUUUCUCAAACUGAGAAUCAGCAGAAGAAGAAAAAGGCCGCUGUUUGGCAUGAGUCACCUCUCAGCAAUAGCUUCAUUAUCACAGCGAUUGUCAACGUCAUCUUUACCCCAGACACACUGAGCCAUUCAGGUCUUUGAAUGUUUUUUUUUUGUUUUUUAUCUUGGGAUAAAUUCUCUCCAAAAACAGAAGCCCUUGGAUUACAAAGUCAGUGUUAAAAAAAUUUUACAGCUGAAAAAAAAUCCUGCACGCACACAAAAGUUUGCACACACACACACACACACCCAGGACCAACCUUUAGUGUUUAAUUUCGUCAGUGUUACUUCAUUAACACAUCAUGAACUGUUAAAUUAAAAUCAGUGCAAGUUAGCAUAAACUUAGAGACAGAGAGCGUCACGACCAAAUCGUGUCGAUUUUGUCUUCUGGUUUGUUCAUAUGUUGUGUUGUUGCAAAUUCAGUCCACAUUUUAAUUAUAACAAUGAAAUAAUUAAGGUAAUAAAGAUUGGUGUAAAUUCUCGUUACGCAAUGUACAGGUGUUGAAUUACAAUUCUUAACACAAUUUAAAUUAUUAUAAAUCAACAAAGAGGAAGUAAAUGAAACUUCUAUUACUUCUAUUUGACUGGGGGAAUUGAGGGAAAUAUAUCCCAGAUUUGACAUUUUCAUAAAUUAUUGUUUUUUUGUUCACAAUACUUCUUAUUGUAUUCACAUGACAAUAUAUCAUAUACGUGGAUAAAAACAAUAACACAUGGCCUUUAAAUCUCCCCUAAUUUGCUUUAUCUUGCAAUAAUGAAGCCAUUUUGAUGAAUGACUGAUGAAAGCUGGAGUUUCCUGUUUAUUCCUGUUUGUGUAUUUGGCAAUUUUUUUUUUGCAAGCUCCAGGUUUGCAGGAGUCCCUUACUAUUUUUUUUUAUUCUAUAAUGUCUUGAUGGCAUGUGUAUAGAACUGAUAUUCUCCUAAACUCUAACAGCACAUUGUGGUAACAAUGACUUCCUCCCUCAUUGCUUGUUUAAAAGCCAUUUGCUGUGUCCCAAUUCGCCUCAUAUCCGUCCUAAAUCGUGUCCGAGAUUAGAAUUUAUGUGUCCCAAAUCAUAUUGAAUUGGGACGAGGUCUACUAUUUCUGGUAGAUUUUUAAAGUGGGUAAUGUUACUCAUAAUUCCUUGCAUGAGGGAGAGCAACAUAGGGAAAAAAUGUGGAAAAAUAAAUCAAGUGAACUUCUCAGUAUGUCCUGGGACUCUACACAAAAA